UCAGCAAGAAGGGUUUGGAGGAAUUAUCUUCCAGCAAUAAAUGGGAUAGUGUAUCUUGUGGACUGUGCUGAUCAUGAACGCCUUCAAGAAGCCAAAACUGAGUUGGAUGCCCUCUUAACUGAUGAAACCAUCUCCAAUGUGCCAAUCCUUAUUUUGGGGAAUAAAAUCGACCGUCCAGAAGCAAUUAGUGAAGAUGUGCUGAGAGGAAUGUUUGGUCUUUAUGGACACACCACAGGAAAGGGGAAUGUUUCACUGAAGGAACUCAACCUGAGGCCAAUGGAAGUCUUUAUGUGCAGUGUGUUGAAGAGACAAGGAUAUGGAGAAGGUUUUCGAUGGCUUUCAGAGUAUAUUGAUUAACUUAUUUAAGGUUUAUUAAUUCAAACCCCAUGUAUUUUUUAUUUAGUAAUUGAUUAUUUAUCUUUUAAUGAAACUAAUGAAACUAGUAACCAAGGGAGUUUGCUUUAACAGUUGACUGAGUUGAAUUAUUUUAAGAGAUGGCAUCCAGUUAAAAAACAAAAAGUGUCAAUUUUAUAGCAUGUGAAAGGUAAACAUACCAUUGAACAUUUGAAUCAAUGACUUUUAAUCAGGGGUAUAUCACUUGUGCUGUGAAAUUCUGAUGUGAAAUCAUCAGAUGAUACAGAAUCAGUGUUUUUGUUUUCAUGUUCUAUUACCUCAGUGCCUUAAUGUUGGUGGUUUUUCCUAGUUCUGGAUUUCCCAGUUCAAAAAAAAAACUUUUGAAGUGAUUUGGUGUGGAUUGCCAGUGCAUAUAUGCUUGCGUAUCAACAGUACGGAGAUUUAAAAUGAAAUAUUUAUUUAUAAUAUUUAAAAGUACAAGUGUUUGAUUUGUAUGAUGUAUUUUGAUACUUUUAAUUCUGUGCUUAUGUAACACUCGGAGCCAUGAUGUGACUACAUUAGACAGUUUCCACACUAACUACCUGGCUAUGCAAUGAGUACUUUUUGACUGUCAUCUGUGACUUAUUUGCAGUUAUGGCAUGAGAGUACAAAGGCUUUUAAAUUAAAUUCAUAGAAUAGGCCUGUGCAAUAGAAAAAUGUGUCAUAUUACUAGCUCACUUACCCAGGCGUAUGUGAAAGGAUUGGGAUUUCCAAUGCUGCUUAUCUUUUCAAAUGGCUAUGGCAAUUAUUUACAUGGCACUUGUAGCAUUUAUGUACUGAAGUAAGCAACAGCAAUAAUAAAAAAAGAAUAUUUUGGAUUUUCCGUAGCCUAUAUACUUUGAUAUUAAAAAAAAAAAA